GUCACUGUCAAAAUCUUAGUCCCAGAUUUUGAUUCACAGAGAAAACCUGAAAAAGUGCUUGUAGUUGUGUAAUCAAUUUUAUUUCCAAGCGUAAUUUGCUAAUAUUGGUUACAAAUCGUUUUAAGUAAAAUGUUACAAGCUAUAGGCCGUGUGGCGACGUUAUCCAAGUCUGGGUUAUCCCGGUCGUUGCCAGUGCUUUCAGUAUCUAAUAAUCGUUACGUGUCUUCUGAUCCAACAAGCAAAAAAGAAGCACCAAUCAUCGAAAAUGACGCAGUUUUGGCGUUGCCGGAGGAGGCCCGUGUGAAAACUGCCUUGGAGUCUACUAUCGUAGUGCCACUUAAGGUUGAUCUCACACCAAUUAGUGGAGUGCCUGAAGAACAUGUGAAGACUCGCCGUGUUCGCAUUUAUCAGCCUCCAAAAAAUGCUAUGCAGAGUGGCACCAACAACAUUCAUCACUGGGAAAUGGAGUUUGAUAACCGCCAGCGUUGGGAAAACCCACUCAUGGGCUGGACAUCCACUGGCGACCCACUUUCUAAUAUGAAAAUCCAAUUCUCAUCCCCCGAUGAAGCUAUUGAGCACUGUGAGAAAAAUGGUUGGAUUUGGUACAUAGAUGUGCCUAAAACUGAAAAGGAAUUUAGACCAAAAAGCUAUGGUCUCAACUUCUCCUGGAACCGUCGCACUAGAGUCUCCACAAAAUAGAUAGAUUUAUGUAAACAUAUAUUUAUUAAAAUAAUUUAUCAGUAAAUUCUGUACCGAAUUUGAUUCUUUAUAUUUAAUAAUAUUGAAAAAU